AAUGCAAAAAUGAAUACAAAAUAAUAUAUACAAUAAUUAUUCUUCUCUCCUCCUCCUCCUCCUCCUCCUCCUCCUCCUCCUCCUCUUCCUCCUCCUCCUCCUCCUCCUCACACCCUGCCUUAUCCCAUUUUCUACGACUUCUGAGCAGCGAACUCUUAGAAAACGGAGAAACUGAAUUUUUAACUGAGAGAAAACGAGAGGAGAAAGAAAAUGGGAAACUGGGUGACAGAAAAUGGGCUGACGGUAACAAUCUCGUAGAAAACGGGAAGGAGGUUGAUUUUAUAGGUGAAAGAAAAUGGGGUGAGGAAGAAAAUGGGAUGCCAGGUAAUAGAAAAUGGGAAAUGAGUGAUGUGAUUCCUUUGAUGAAUUUGAAACGUUUUCUUUCAAUACUAAAGCUUAUAGAAAACGAAGAUAUAGAGGAAAUAUUAUCUGAGAGAAAACGGGAAGAAGGAGAGAAAGAAAACGGGGAAUAUAGAAAAUGGGAAGACGAUGGCACUAUUCAAAACCUUCUCUCAGUACUUCGCCUCAUAGAAAACGAAAAAAACACGGAAUUUUUAACGGAAAGAAAACGGGAAGAGGAAGAAAAUGAGGAAGAAGAAAGAAAACGGGAAGAGGAAGAAAAUGAAGGAUAUAGAAAACGGAAUGAAGAAACACAGACUGAAAUAAACCCAUUAAAAUCACACAAAACGAGAGAAAACGAAGAAAAACAACAAUAUACACACGAAAGAAAACGAGAGAUGGAAGAAAACGAAGAACAGGAAUAUAGAAAACUAGACCAACAAACCCAAACUGAAAUAAACCAACUGGAAACACAAAAAGAGAGAAAAAAACAAGAAAAACCACGCAACUCACAUGAAAGAAAACGGGAAAUGGGAGAAAAAGAAAACGGACGUGGUAGAAAAUGGGAAACAAACCCCAGAAAAUUGCCAGGCUGGGUAAUUGCAAUAAUACAAAAAUACCUUGAGGAAUUAUGGGUAAAGGUGCAGCUGGCGUUCUCUCACGUGAUUGGCUACUACGUCCCCUCAAACGACACGGGAUUGGUCAGUGAAGAGUGUGCUGUUGAUGUCGAUGAUGCUAAUUUUCUCAACAAUUACCAUCACAACUGGUUCUGGGAAAUGUUCGAUUCCUGGGGCAAGUUUCCUGAUGGGUUUCUGUUCGGCAACCUUCGAGCUCCAGGCAUGUACGAGGAGUGUCUUAAGGUCAAGGUCGAGUACAAGGCAGAGGGUGAGGAAGGAAAUGUGACCCGGGAAUACAGAGGGCGUUACUGCAGCGUCUUCUACAGACCUAAGCCAGCCAACACGUCACGAGAAGCAGUGUUGCCAAAUCAGAGAAGUGGCGUAUCGUUGGCAACACUGGGCAGUCCUCUUCCUUUCUCCUACGGCACCUGUGUUCCUUCCACCUGCACGAGGGAAGAUGUGGAGGUUUCCCUUCGAGAGGUGCUACUGGAGGACGGCCUUCAGUUGGUGGAGGUUCAUUGCCACAGCCACGACCCCAGAGAUGACCAACACAACGACUACACACCAGAGCAGACCGCCAUGUUGUCAUUGCUCAGCGUGUUUGGAGCACUCGCUGUAACUGCUACUCUGUAUGAAGCCUUGGCUAUCAACUGCAACGUGGCCUUCCCAGCUACCGUUCGAAGCUUCAGUUUGUGGAGUAACUUGAGGCUUGUGUUUACGUACGAGCAAGGCAAAGAGACUGGCGACGUGAUUACCUGCCUUCCCAUGCUCAGAGUGACCACCAUGCUUUGGAUCAUAAUUUGCCACCAAUAUGAGACAAAUCUGGACUUUCUUUACAACACAUUAGACUCAUUGAAAUACCAGGAUCCAGUGGUCACGCAGAUUGUCACGAACGGAUGGAUUGCAGUGGAUACCUUCUUCUUCCUUACUGGGCUCACUCUUACCUUCCGCCUCUUGCCUUACCUGUCGAGAGAGGCCGGUCUUCUGUGUCACGUGAAGACCAUUUUGACUGUGGUUCUGAGGCGUGUCUUGAGACUAUCCCCUAUAAUCCUGUGUGUCGCCCUCUUCUGCGCCUCCUUCCUGCCUUACCUGGGAUGGGGCCCGCGCCUUCACGUCCUCCAAAGCUUCCAGGAGAAUUGUGUGCAGCAUUGGUGGAAGGACCCUCUCUUUAUCAACAAUUACGCCUUCCCUGGUAACACUGGCGAUGAUGUUAAUGACUGUCUCUCCCACUGCUGGUACACCGCUGUUGACGUGCAGCUGUUAGUUCUCCUGCCUAUACUACUGCUGCCUCUCCUGUACCACCGUGUUGCAGGCUUGGCAGUGCUGUUCAUUGUGAGUGUAGGGAGUGUGGUUGUUCCUCUCACCAUCACAAUCUGCUACAACCUCCCUCCGUCUCCACUCCACCAUCUUCUGGGUGAGGGGAGACUGCAGUACAUGACCCACAUUUUUAUGGCACCGUGGGCGAGAGCUGGGCCGUGGGUGGUGGGUGUGUGGGCGGCCAUGCUCCUUAGAAUGCCUGAGUUACAUAGAAUUAAGAUGAAUAAGGUGGUGGUGGUGCUGGGUUACGUGGCCGCUAUCACCCUGGGGCUCACACUGGUGCUGGGCCUCUACCCGUACAACCACCUGCGGAAGUCCCUGAAUGGCGUGGUGGAGCGGGAGUGGCAGGACUACCCCGCAGUGGCCUACCUGUACGGUUCCCUGGCCAGACCUGCGUGGGGACUGUGCGUGGCGUGGGUGGUGGUCACUUGUCACACGGGAAAUGCAGCCUCCGUGAACCGUGUCUUGUCGUAUCCUGGCUGGCUGCCCCUUGCUCGUGUGUCCUUCCCGCUGUACGUGGUGGCGCCCGUGGUUCAGGUGUGGUGGGCCAGUGUGCAGCUGCAGCCCACCUACUACAACUACUUGAGCAAGCUGUUUGAGAGUGCCGGCGUUAUCUUCAUCUCCCUCCUUAUCUCCCUCCUACUGUCCUGCUUCGUGGAACUGCCUGUAAAUCUCACCUGUAACCUGCUGCUGCCUUCCCCAGCCAAAGCACACGAGAUGAUGAUGAAGAACAAAUACAAGAACAACAACAAUAAAAAUUUAGACAGAACAACAAACAUUCCAAUGAAAGAUGUGUAGACAAGAAAUGUUUGCCACCACCACAAUUCACCACAAUUCCACCACAGGCUGCUGUCUCCACCACCACUAACAACCACCAUCGCUGCUACAACUAUUCAAUGCAUGCUAAUGUUUUUGCCUUUCAUGUAACCACAAUUGCUGUAAUGGUUAAAUAAUAAUGUUUGUUACUUA